CAACGUGCGCCAAAGUUGGCCACUUACACUUUCAACCAGCAAGCAGACGUUAUCAAAACUAGCUGUUGACCACUAAGUAUAUCAAGGCAAAGAAUUAAAUAACCUUUGCCCAUUUACACAUUCGAGUGCAAGGUGUAUCCCCUCCCUUUACACACCACAAACCUCCUCACUAUUGGGGUCUUCUUUUACCCCGGCAUUUCUCUGCAUGACUAACAUCACCACUUUCUAUGUUGGAGGGGUUAUAGUAUUUACGAGUUUCUCUGUCUGGGACUACGAUUUAUAGUUCGAUUUUUUUUAUCCUUUUGAGAGAAGACAUUUCGUUACAUCCUAUCCGCAAAGACCUACAUUUUCUUGUUUGGACUUUGCGCGAGUAAGAAUUUGGUACCAGUGCCCACUAGGUGUUUCUCCAGUAGCUAGAAUGGCUACUUUACCAGGAACAGUGCCUCGAAUGAUGCGCCCUGCGCCAGGCCAGAACUACCCCCGCACCGGAUUCCCUUUGGAAGUAUCAACCCCCCUGGGCCAAGGUCGGGUGAACCAGCUCGGUGGAGUGUUCAUCAACGGGAGGCCGCUGCCAAAUCAUAUCCGACACAAGAUAGUAGAGAUGGCACACCACGGCAUCCGACCCUGUGUAAUCUCGCGACAGCUACGAGUUUCCCAUGGUUGCGUCUCCAAAAUCCUCUGUCGGUACCAGGAGACCGGUUCGAUUCGUCCCGGGGCUAUAGGAGGCAGCAAGCCCAGGCAGGUAGCAACUCCGGACGUGGAGAAGCGGAUUGAAGAGUACAAGCGAGAAAACCCCGGGAUGUUCAGUUGGGAGAUCCGGGACAAGCUGCUGAAGGACGGGGUGUGCGACAGAAGCACUGUUCCUUCAGUGAGUUCCAUCAGCCGAGUUCUGAGGGCGCGAUUCGGCAAGAAAGAUGAUGACGACGAUAGUGAUAAGAAGGAUGAAGACGGGGAAAAGAAAACAAAGCAUAGCAUCGAUGGCAUUCUCGGRGAUAAAGACGAGGGUUCAGACGUGGAGUCGGAGCCGGACCUUCCCUUGAAGAGGAAGCAGCGUCGCAGCCGCACCACCUUCACAGCCGAGCAGCUGGAGGAGCUGGAGAAGGCCUUUGAGAGGACACACUACCCAGACAUCUACACCAGGGAAGAGCUGGCCCAGAGGACUGUGGUUCAGCAACAGAAGGGCCAGAUGGCGCAAGCAGGCAGGAGCCAAUCAGCUGGCUGCCUUCAACCACCUGUUACCUGGAGGCUUCCCGCCCACGGGGAUGCCCAGCCUACCUACCUACCAGCUACCUGAGUCCUCGUACCCCGGCACUACACUGUCACAGGAUGGCAGCAGUACGUUGCAUCGGCCCCAGCCCCUGCCUCCGUCCUCAAUGCACCAGGGAGGACUCUCUGACGGCAGCUCCGCCUACGGCCUCUCGUCCAAUCGCCACAGCUUCUCCAGCUACUCAGACAGCUUCAUGAGCCAAUCAGCGGCCAGCAAUCACAUGAACCCGGUCAGCAACGGCCUCUCCCCACAGGUGAUGAGCAUCCUGAGUAACCCCAACGCGGUGCCCUCCCAGUCCCAGCAUGACUUCUCCAUCUCCCCCCUCCAUGGCAGCCUGGAGUCCUCCAACCCCAUCUCAGCCAGCUGUAGCCAGCGCUCUGACUCCAUCAAGGGAGUGGACAGCCUGGCUUCCUCCCAGUCCUACUGCCCCCCCACCUACAGCGCCACCAGCUACAGUGUGGACCCCGUCACRGCUGGAUACCAGUACAGCCAGUAUGGACAGACUGCAGUUGACUACUUGGCUAAGAACGUGAGUCUGUCCACCCAGAGGAGGAUGAAGCUGGGAGACCACUCUGCUGUCCUGGGACUGCUGCAGGUGGAGACGGGACAGGCCUACUGAAACACCCAGCCUCCGCCUGGCUCUACCCAGUCUAAACUCAACACCCCCCUACAGUACAUACACCACCCUACUGCUGCCCCCCACCCUGCAGCCCAACCACUGCACCAGCACACACUCUCUCUCUCCCCACCCAGCAGGCAGCCAGGCYGUCAGGCUGUGUAAACCUUGGCUCUGCCCCUCCCCUGUGCCAUCCUCACCCCUGAUUGGCUCUGUCCAGACAUCCCAGAGACAUUGGCUCCAGCCAGCAUGGAGAACACGCCCCCUGGCUGCAGUCGAGUCCACACUCAGAGCCAUUUCCAAAUGUACAUUGACCUUGUUGUUUAUAGUAGUUCACUAAGCCAAUGUCAUUCAAAUGAUAAUCCCUCUUGUUUUAUAUCAAUAUUGUUUAUAUUAUUAUUGCUGUUAUGAUUAUGAUUCAUGUGAUUUUGUUUUUUAUUCCCUUCAUGGCUCUUUUUUCUGUCAGUGUGAAAUGCUAGCAGAUGACUGAGGUGAUACAGUGUAGUGUGGUGCAGAGUGUGUCUGUGUGUGUGUGCAUGUGUGCGUACGUUCAUGCGUGUGGCGGCCCAGUCAGAGAGAGAAGCUCCCACAUGAGAAAAUACUACAGUUUACUAUAGAAUAAUACAGUACUUACUAUCGAAUUCUACAGUAAAUUGUAGUAUACUGUAGAAUACUAUACUACACACUGUAGUAUCCCUUGACCAUGUAUAGUACUUACUAUAGAAAGUUGUAAGAUACUGUAGAACACUAUAGGAGAUACUACAUUAUUAUCUGAAAAAAAAUAUGUAGUGUAUAGUACAGUACUGUCAGGAAAAACAGUACAGUCUGCAAAAACACUACACUUUUUAAACUUUAGUAAAAACUACAGUAUUUAAUUUGCAUAUGGCCUGCC